CGAGCGCCCUCAAAUAGGGCGCCGCGGAGGGAUUGCGGAGCGCGCUGCCGGGCUUGCGGCUGGACGACCAAGAUGAACCGUGCGCCAGCGUUCUUGAGCGCGGCCGACGUGCAGGGCCACCUCCGCAGCUCCAGCCUUCUCAUCCCGCCUCUGCAGGCGGCUCUGGCCAACUUCUCCAGCGGCCCGGACGGAGGCGUCAGGCAGCCCGUGCGCACCGUCGUGCCGGUGGCCGAGCACAGGGGUUUCUUGGGGGUCAUGCCGGCCUACAGCGCAGCCGAGGACGCUCUGACCACCAAGCUCGUCACUUUCUACGAGGGUAACAGCACCGCCUCCACCGGCCCCUCGCACCAGGCCACCGUGCUGCUCUUUGAACCCAGCAAUGGCUCCCUGCUGGCGGUCAUGGAUGGAAAUGUCAUAACUGCAAAGAGAACAGCUGCAGUAUCUGCCAUUGCCACCAAGUUUUUGAAACCCCCCAGCAGUGAAGUCUUGUGCAUCAUUGGGGCUGGGGUCCAGGCCUAUAGCCAUUAUGAGGUCUUCAUGGAGCAGUUCUCCUUUAAGGAGGUGAGGAUAUGGAACCGCACCAAGGAAAAUGCAGAGAAGUUUGCGAACACAGUGCCGGGAGAGGUACGGGUCUGUUCAUCAGUCCAGGAGGCUGUGACUGGUGCAGAUGUGAUCAUCACGGUCACCAUGGCAACAGAGCCCAUUUUGUUUGGUGAAUGGGUGAAGCCAGGGGCUCACAUCAAUGCUGUCGGAGCCAGCAGACCAGACUGGAGAGAACUGGACGAUGAGCUCAUGAAGCAAGCUGUGCUGUACGUGGACUCCCGGGAGGCUGCUGUGAAGGAGUCCGGGGACGUCCUGUUGUCUGGGGCAGACAUCUUCGCUGAGCUGGGAGAAGUGGUGAAGGGUGUGAAGCCAGCCCUGUGUGAGAAGACCACGGUGUUCAAGUCUCUGGGCAUGGCGGUGGAAGACAUGGUUGCAGCCAAACUGGUGUAUGACUCCUGGUCAUCCGGUAAAUAAAAGAACUUACUGUUGUGAUGGAUGCUGAAGGGAUAUUUGCCACUGGUUGUGUCACAAUUUCUAGAGCGAGAGAGAGACCAGUCCCCAGUGAGCUUUAGUUUUGUGCCUAUGGUGUCUUACCUUAAAUAAUGAGAUUCCUGUUCGUGUUCGUAGUUGGAAAGCAAAACUAAGUACCCCUUUCCUCUGUUAUGCUAGGUAUAGUAGCAUUCCUUUCCCUUGUAUUUCACUGCCUUUUGUAUUUCCCUGAAAUAAAGCAUUGUCCAAUUUGA